CUGGGGGUCAGAAACAGAAAAAGAAAGACGGGGAGAAGAGGUGGACGAAGAGAGCGCGCGAGGCGGCACACCGCAUCCCGAACCCUCCCGUGCGCGCGCGCACGCACCGAGAUGCCCCGGUCUGCCUCCAAACCUUCCCCUCCGCGUUUCUAGUCAAGAGUUUGGGAUUACUUUGGGACACUUGGUGAGUUUGCGCCCUGCUGUAAACACUGACGUGUGCAAUUUUUUUUUGUCCCCCCCCUCCUCCUCCCUCCUAUUGUUUUUUUUUAUUUAUUUUUUGGCUGCUAAACGUUGGACGGGAUCGAGUGGGGGUUUUUUUUUUUCGCCGCUUUGCCCCAACUCCGGGUGGAUUUGAGAGAGAAAUGAGUGAGAGGAGGCGAUCGGCCGCCGCUCUGAGCUCGAGAGCCCACGCUUUUUCCGUGGAAGCCCUGAUCGGCUCCAACAAGAAGAGGAAGCUCCGCGGCUGGGAGGAGAAGGAGCUGGAGCUGUCCAUGGAGAGCCUCGCCACGGACGCGGAGGACCCGGCGCACUGCCUGGACAUGGACCCGGACUCAGAAGCGAGUCCAGGCUCGGACGGAGAGGGUCUGGCCGAGAGGACCUCGUGCUCCUUCGGCUCCCCCGCGGACCUGCAGGCCCCGGGCCCCUGCGACGCGUCCCCCGCGGCCUCCAUGGAGGAGAUCCAGGUGGAGCUGCAGUGCGCGGACCUGUGGAAGCGCUUCCACGACAUCGGCACGGAAAUGAUCAUCACCAAAGCGGGAAGGAGGAUGUUUCCCGCCAUGAGAGUCAAAAUCGCAGGCCUGGAUCCCCACCAGCAGUAUUACAUCGCCAUGGACAUCGUCCCAGUGGACAACAAGAGAUACAGGUAUGUGUACCACAGCUCCAAGUGGAUGGUGGCGGGGAAUGCGGACUCCCCCGUGCCCCCCCGGGUCUACAUCCACCCGGACUCCCUGGCCUCCGGAGACACCUGGAUGAGGCAGGUGGUCAGCUUCGACAAACUCAAGCUCACCAACAACGAGCUGGACGACCAGGGGCACAUCAUCCUCCACUCCAUGCACAAGUACCAGCCCCGGGUGCACGUCAUCAGGAAGGACUUCAGCAGCGAGCUGUCCCCCAACAAACAGGUGCCCAGCGGGGAGGGGGUCAAGUCCUUCAGCUUCCCCGAGACCGUCUUCACCACCGUCACUGCCUACCAGAACCAACAAAUCACCAGACUAAAGAUCGACCGCAACCCUUUUGCCAAAGGAUUCCGGGACUCGGGCCGAAACAGGACUGGCCUGGAGGCCAUCAUGGAGACCUACGCGUUCUGGAGGCCUCCGGUGAGGACCCUCACGUUCGAGGACUUCACCAACAUGCAGAAACAGCAAGGUGGCAGCACGGGCACCUCGCCCACCACCUCCAGCACGGGCACGCCGUCCCCCUCGGGCGCCGCCCACCUCCUGUCCCCCUCCUGCUCGCCGCCCACCUUCCACCUGGCGCCCAACACCUUCAACGUGGGCUGCCGGGAGAGCCAGCUGUGCAACCUGAGCCUGUCGGAGUACCCGGCGUGCGCCCGCGGCAACAUGGCGGCGCUGCAGGGCUACGGCGGCCUGGCCGACGGCUCCUACGGACGCCUCCAGGCGGCGGCGGCGGGCGUGGCGGGGGGGGGCGUGGCGGGCGUGGCCUCGGCCCAGCCCGGCGAGUCCUUCCUGCCGCAGAGGACUUCCUCCCUGAUGCAAAGCGGCGUGGGCGUUGGCGGGGGCGGGGGUAACGGCGGCGGCAAGAUGGACGCCUACGGCGGGCAGCUGGGCUCCUUCCCGGGCUCCCAGCUGCAGUACGUGAUGCAGGCCGGCGGCAACGCGGGCGCCGCGGCGACCGCCUCCUCCUCCUCCUCCCCGUCGGGGUCCUCGCCGUCCUCCGGCCACAUGUUCGGCGGCGGCCACCACCACCACCACCACGUCCAGCAGGGCUCCUACAACGCCUUCUCCCUCCACAACCCCUACAACCUGGUGGCGGGGGGGGGGCUGCUCUGCUCCCCGGCCCCCGCCGGGGCCUUCGCCGACCGCCAGUACCUGGCCAACGGGGGCGUGGACGCGAUGCACAUGAUCGGGAACGCCGCCGGCGGCGGCCAGCAGGGCGGCGCCUCCUGCGACGGACGUCAGUACGGAUCCUCCAAUCAGAUGUCCAUGCACAUGGUGUAG